AUGACAAUUCAAGAGUUGAUAUUAAAAGCUGAAAAUAAUCAGAAAUUGUUGGAUCAAUGCCAAAAGAACAAUACGGACAUUGUGGAACAAGAAAGGCAAUCAAUCCAACAGCAGCUAAAUAUAUGUCAAAAUGACUUGAAAAUACAAAAAGCGGAUUGCUCUAACAAGGAUUCAACUAUUAGGGAAUGGCAGAAAAAGGCUGAUGUUAAUCAAAAGGUGGAACUGGAGAGAAAUUCAGUAAAAUCAGAGCUAGAGAAAUGCCAAUUCAAUUAUACAAAUUUUGCUGAAAACUUCACGAAAUAUCAAAAAGACCACCAAAGUUUAUUAGAAAAAUGUCACAACGACUUGAAAAAAUAUAUAGACUCUUGCUCUAUGAAGGAUUCAAUUAUUCGAGAUUGGCAAAACAAAGCUGCAGAUAAUCAAAAGGCGGAAGAGGAGAGGAAUUCACUACAAGAGGAGCUAAGUAUGCAGCAUUAAAUAAUGAAUUUGAAU